AUGGGAUCUCAGAUUCGCAACACCUUGAAAAGAAAAGCGUUUGAAGACGCAGGUAUACCUAUGCGUGAGGUUACCUUGAAUAUGCUCAACGCUUCGGAGAUAGAUGAUGUCGACGGGCUCAGCGGUGGCGUGAAACUCGAGUUCGACCCUAACGACGAUGCGGCCACCUGAUGUGUUUUAGUUGAAUAUAAGUUUGUUAGAUGUUGUCCAGAAAACAGGCAAACUGUUCCCCCAGCGGUGGAGUCGACACUCUUCUGUCUGAACGGUCACUUCGAGCCCAGCUCUACUCGAUCUGUUGUAUCGUCUCUCUAACUUCAUCAUCGGAAAGAUGUCUCUACGUGCCAUGCUGCGGCCCUAUCUUUCAAGGCUGUGGCAUAUUUAUUUGUGAUUAUUUAUCUAUUUAAAAAUCCCUCCUUCGGUCUUAUCCUGACUCCAAUGAUUGUAAAUGAGGGGUCAUCCUUCAUUCAGCCCUCGACUACUUACUACUACUCCGUUCAGUAGGGUGAUGGCUUCCAUUGCAUUCCAUGUUUCAGCUAUUGCUUAAAUGUGAUUAUUUCUAGUAUGUUUACUAACUCGGUUUAGUGUUAGCGGUAUUCGGAGUAACAAAGGCUGACGGAUGGUCCUCGGGGCACAAUCCUGCCACGUUAUCUUUGGUUGGGUUGCGCGCGAUGAUAGAUUGUGUUUAAGUCGGUAUCUAUAGUUAAAUAUUUUAGUACAAUUUUCUAAGUGCCUUGGGGCGGUUGGUUAAGCGUUGUCCGAUACUUCUUACCUAUUCCGGGGCACCGGUUUUUUGCUCAUCAUUAUCAGCUUUAAAUCGAUGCCCAGAACAGUUUGUCUGUUUCUCAUAUUAGGUUUGAUGUCUGUGAUUUUUGUUAUUUUAAUUAAGGUUUGGUGUACUCUCUGGUGAUAGGCAAUACUGCUUUACACUUGAUAUGACUUGUACCACCUUUCUGGCUUAUAACAUCUUGUUUGCAUUAUAUACGACGGAGGUGUUGUGUAAGCAAGACAUAGAUAGGUCGGAGAUGUUGCCAUGUAUUUGGCCGUUUGUUCCAUAUUUGUAUCAGUAGUAAAACGUGUUGGAUCUGACUAGAAUUCUGUUAAUUACUUUGUUUCUAGAUGUUUGUCAUGUGAUAGGAUUAAGAAGCGAUCUUGGCGCUACUAGUAAUAGCAACAAAACUGCCAAAGAUGUGUAGGUACUCCGGCACUGAAUGAUAUAUACCUACUAGGAUAAAUUAUUUUCGUUUGUUUGAUCUCUUGCUUUCCAAAAACCAGUGGGCUAAUAAUUGUUUGAUAUAAUCCUGGGCCUGGGGAGACUAUGCGUGUAUAAUUCCGAUAAAGAUGAUGCUCUCAAAAACAACAACUAAUCAUCUCACGAUAUGAUUUACGGAACGAAACGAAACGAAUAUCGCGCCCAGGUUUAUAUUGACCAGACAAUUUUUUAGAUGCAUAUUCAGGCUUACUACAUUCUCACACCUCACUGUCGAUUGUUGAGCGACGCUCGUUAACUUUUUUAAAUAUAUUAUUUUAUUAACUUUAAUUAGCAACGUUCCAAUUCUGUUUGUUUAAAACAAAAAAGCAUUCCGAUUCAUUUCUUCAUUUGUCUUUUUAAGUGCAGGGAAUUUUGACUCUUAUUUUGAAUCAAUGGGUUUUAAUGUCAAUUUAAUAUUGUGUUAUUUAAUUAAAAUUUUAAACUGAUAAGCAAUAUUUGAGCACUGCCAUAGGUGAUUUCCUGCUAUUUGGCGGGGGUCGUAUAAGUUAUUAUGUGGUUGUUUAUUUGAGAAUAUUUCGUUCCUACUACCAUCAUGGGGAUGAGAUUACUGUAAUUUUUGUUUGCUUGGCGUCGUUCAACAAGUUGCAGUGAGGGUAUUAGCCUCUCCCCCCCUCCCCCACCCCAACUUGGCGCACUCACUUAACAUCAGGGAGGACAGGGAGGGACUAUAGACUGAUUUAUUUACAAGUCAGAAUGCACUAUUUACCAAAAACUGAACGUAGAUAGUGUAGUAGGUUAGAUAGGUAAUUCUUACAUAUAUAUAUAUUUAUACAUAUGUUUAUUUAAUUAUUCAGAGUUUAUAUUUUAUACCAGAGAAUAUUUAUUUACACCAAAGAUAUAUAUUUUUAUACUUUUAUAGU